CGACGCGCGGUGCAUUCUGGGAGGACUUAAAGAUGGCGGAAAUUGGGGUAUGAGUGCGUCAUGCUUGUCUGAGGGAGCCGCGCUUUGGUAACUUGUGGAGUCCGAUGGCGGCUACGGCAACGCUGCUGCUGUCGGCAGCCAAGUGGGGCUUGCUGAGACGUAGCUUUCUUGCUCCCCAGAUUCCCAGGCUGCUCAGUACAGAGGCCCCUAGCUUUAUCCGUGUGAAAGAGCCUCCACGCCCCAAAGAAGUUGAUCGGUGGACAGAGAAACGUGCACUGUUUGGGAUCUAUGACAACAUUGGAAUUCUAGGGAAUUUUUUGGCUCACCCCAAGGACCUGAUCAAGGGCCCUGUGUGGUUGCGUGGUUGGCGGGGGACUGAGUUGCAGAGAUGCAUCCGCAAAAAGAAAAUGGUCGGUGACCGAAUGUUUGAGGAGGAUUACAAGAACCUGAACAAAAGGAUCAAGUAUUUGUACAAGCGCUUCAACCGCACUGGGAAGUUUCGCUAAGAGUAGCAUCUUGGGAACUAGCAUAUGUCUGCAAGAAGAUGCUGUAUUUGUGGGAAAUAUUAUUCACGGUCUUGUCUCAAUGAAAGAAUGAUGGAUGUGUGAAAUUGUUCAAAUUAUUUUACUCUGUUAACUUUCUUAUUAAAGUAUCAUUGUAUGUCUC